AUGUCCUCCCCACGGCACAUGUUGCCGCUCGCGGAUCAUGAGAAGUAUCGGGAGAAAAUCCGUGACACGCUCGACGGCAACCUCGUACUUCCGCAUUCAAUUGAGGCGGGCGACCCCUAUUAUAUCGGCGAUGUCUACGAUACCACGCCAGCAGAAUGCGUUCAGGAGUGGGAACUAUGUGACAACAUCAAGCGUCCCUACUUGGAUCACAUCAAGGCCGUGUCGCACGCCUGGCCUCACCUGCGGUAUCUUGCCCACUGGAUGGAGGUGACGACUUCGCCAGUCAAAUGGAGCCACAUCAAAGCAAAGCAGGCCGUGAUCCGCAAGGAGAGGGCCAGCCGUACCAACGUCGCCGUCGUUGACUUUGCGCCCGGCGCUGCCCCCGCCAUUCACACCGCCACAAGCCCCGACGCGCUGUCCAACUCGCUGCAAAAUGCGCCGGUGCAGCCCGACGUCCACCGCUUGUACGUGGUCGAGGACCUGUCGCGCGACGUUGUCGAGACGCUUGGCGCUGCGUUAGAUAUUGAUCCGCUCUUCUUCCGAGAACAGAUCAGCGACUACUGGUGGUACAACACCCGUGACCCAUGGGUCGAGCUGCCCGAUCUGCAGGUCGCCUCGCGGAGGCGGCGGUUCUUCCACGUAGGAUAUCUCCAGCCGAGGCAUUUCGACAGUCAAGCUUCGUUCGCCGAGGCUACCAAGGAGGCAGGGCGAUUCAACGUGUUGCGGAGGGCAGACAAUGACAAGAAUCACAAAACACUCCUUGAUCAACAGGGCGCACUUGUGGCGUUGGUGAGAAGCAAGGCUUCGUUCUGGUGGAAGCCAGCCGAGGGAGAUCGAGGGGCCAUCGGAGUGCUGCUCGUCGACCCGUCUGUCAAGGAAGGGUCACCACUGUGGGCUGGAUAUCGCAACUUUGAGCCUACGCCGUCCAUAUCAGCUCGCGGCCCUUUCAAAGCACCACCGAGAACAUCUCUUUUCGAGGCAGUGGUGUACUGGGUUACCAGGAUGGAGGGGGCUGAGGUGGCACAGAUGGGUGCUGACCCUCGCAUCAUGCUGAGAGGUUUAUCACAGAUCGUCUGCGCCGAGUGGCUGACAGUCAUCCGCUACAUCACCACUCGCCUCGGACAAGUCGAAUGGGAGCUGGAGAAUCCUGACUUUCGUCGCGAUCCCAGUGGCAUCAACUCCAGUUUGGCCAAACUGCAUCCUUGGCGGCGCAGUGUACCAUUGUACAAGACGCUGAUCAAGGAGGCGACAGCCAAGGUAUUCAACAGCAGCAAUGGUCCCUUGUCAGAGUACACAUUAUCCCUGAAGGAGGAUUAUCGUGUCGUUGAAGAGGGCAUCGAUACUUUGCUUCAACGUAUAGAACGGAUCGUGGCAGUUGCAACAGCAAUCAUAUCGAUCGAGGAGAGUCGGAGGGGGUAUAGCCUGAACCAGGACCUAGGCCGGCUGACCUAUCUAGCCGUCGUUUUCGCACCACUGUCGUUUGUCACAGGCUUCUUUAGCAUGUCAGAGGAUGUCUCCUCCUUGAGGGGGACGUACUGGGUAUACUUCUGUGUUGCCCUGCCUGUUACGGUGCUGGCUUUCGUCUUGGUAGAUAUGGCGAGGGUGAAGCGAUGGGCAAGGAGAUGGUCUUCGACGUGA